AUGGAAAUCGGUGACUGGAGCCGCAAUUUUCAGCAUUACCGCUCCGACCGUAUUGAUUCACUUGGUGGAGGUUGCUUGCUACUAGUGCGGCAAGUGAUCCGUCAGACAGCGAUGCAUUUCAUGAAGGCGAAAACGCUUUGCGGUCAGGAUCCGAGAGGCAAUGUCUACAUGGCGGCCGAUCAUCAUCGUACAGUGCAAAACAACGAAACCAAUUUCUCUGAUCACUGUCAGGCUCUCAGUGUUCACAAAUGGCGCCUUCUAAUUUUCGUUUUACUCUCUCGCGUGAGGGCCGAUUGCGUGUGGUACGGCAUUGCUGACCAUACCGAUCCGGAUCACCCGAAGUACAGGAUAUACAACGGGCCAGCAAAACCGCUUGGCGAUCCGAAGGCAUAUCAGUCACUCACUAAACUGUGCCCAAACUAUGCACAGGGACCUGAUUUUGGCUUGUGUUGUGAUGCUGAUCAGUUGAAUUUCUUCGCAGAAAGUUCCAAACUGGCAUAUGAAAUGCUCCGGAGAUGCCCAGCAUGUUGGGCCAACUUCCGCCUGCUUUUGUGUGGAAUGACGUGCGACCCAAAUCAACACGAGUUCAUCGUACCCCAAUCCGUUGGAGAUAUGGUCAUCUCGGCACAAGUAAAUCUCACAGCACGCGUUGCGGAUACGUUCUUCAAUAGUUGCAAAAUCGCUUCACAUAUCUACCGGGGUCGGCACUCGACGGUGUCCGAAAUUGACGUUGACCCAGAUCUGAUGAUUGACUCGGGCAAUCUCAUUCAUCGACUUCGAGCAUGGCUUGAAGAUAAACUGUCUCAGGGUUUUUCAAUUCUCGGUCGAUCUAUCGCUACUCAUCCAUUUGUGAGUCUGUCCGUUUCAAGCGUGGUAUCGAUCGCCCUGUGUGCCGGUUUGUCCCUGUUCUCGGUCACCACAAAUCCCGUUGAGUUGUGGUCUGCGGCAGACUCACGAUCACGUUUGGAGAAGAACUACUUUGAUCAAAACUUUGCACCAUUUUAUCGAACCGAACAGCUGAUCGUAUAUCCAGUCAACCAGUCGUUUUUCUGGCAUAUGAAUUUGCACCCUUUGUCCGGAGAUGCUCUAUUCGGUCCAGCGUUGCAGAAGGACUUUCUGACUGAGGUUUGUUUCGUAUUGCCUAGCCUAAUCGUCAGACACUGUAUUGUUGUUGUUGUUCUGCGCUUCCGAUACGUUUUUAUUCAUUUUCGUUUCACAUUUCACUAA